AUGGGACUGGCAAACUCGCUGCAAGACGCUGCUGGCUCGUCGGCGGCGCCCUAUCACGCCGUGUCACUACACAACCAUGGCGUCUUCUUGCUGCUCAACUCGCUCCUCGAACCCAACUUUGUCAUCCUCGUUGCUUAUCUCUGUAUCAACAUGUACCUCGCUUUCCGCGUCAUCAGCAUCGCAACAAGGAGGCAUCGCCAGCUCAAUCUCAUCCCACGCGAGUCCGGUGGAGUCAACUUGGUCAAGCUUCCCGUCACAGCCGACGAGGACGUUCUCAAAACGGAGCCUUUCCUUCAAGGUAGAGCCAGGUCGCAGAAACCCAAAUCUGACACACCUGUCGCUGAUGCCCUCAUUCGCCUUGCUACGUGGGCUUUUCAGAACGAAGCUCAGUGUGCCAAGCGCAUCUUUGGCUUGCUUGCUGUGUUCAGCCUUGCCUCUACGUGGUACUAUAUGUUGGCGUUUUUGCGGCAUUCCUACUUGUCCUACCUCGAACGAUGCCGUCUUGCAUCUUAUCCACUUCCACCCACGCCACCUCCCUGGGACCUUUCUCGCCCAGCGCUUUUGGUCGCCGCGCUGCACUUGCGCAUCCUGCGGAUCUCGCAGUGGCUCGCUUCUCUGAGCCUGUUCAAGGAAGCCUGGAUGGAGGUCAUCAAAGACGCUCCUUCGUGGUGGUGGAGCAGCGAGAUCUGCGUCAUCACCGUGGGUGCUUGGGCGCUCUUCCUGCGUCAUGAGGCCGAGCGUCUCCGGAUUCCUCAUGUCUGGACCGUUAUGGCUCUCGGCCAGCUCGUCGCCAUCAGUUUCGCUUUUAACCUCUUCAAUCUUGCCGUCAUCUAUCGCCUUGAUGUGAUUGACUUGAUUGCUGCACGUUCGCAUAGGCUGUGCAGUGGCACACACCGCGUCAUGGUGCCACUGCAAGAUAACUCCAGUCCGUCGCCGCCCCAAAUCUGGUCGAUGUCGGAAGACGAGCGCCCGGAUGAAGCGUCACGAGUGUCUGCCACCUUGUAUAGGCCGACUCUGCGUACACCGAAUGCAUUGCAUGCCACCUCGCUUCCAUCAAAUCCACGGGCGUCUCCACCCCGCAACGUCAGAGUCGUCUCUACUGAGCUCACUGUGCAAAGAUUUCCAUUGGCUCCCCAACCCCAGUUCAUGGAUAAGCUGGCUCGUCUCAUGCAACGCUGCAUCCCAGAAGAGCUUGGCAUGCCUCUGUUCGUCUUGGCUGGUCUCUCGUCGGUUCUGCAGCAUCCCAACAGCUUUACCAAGGUGAUGGUCAUGCACGUUUUUCCUUUACUCAUCUCUCUGUAUCCGGCCUAUCGAACGUCGAGCAGUUCAAGCCGUUUGUUGCCAUCGUUACGCGUCGCAACUGCUCCUAUCGAACCGAAUCGCUCCACGGGACAGAUCUUGCUCGAGAUGGUGUCUCGCAGCAAGUCGCGCCUGCCGCUCUGGAAGGACGCAAAGGUGUACUACCUCGCGCUCGGCAUUGUGAGCAUCCUGCUGCGAUUCUGGGUUUCUCUGGCAUGCUUCCUCGAGGUCAACGCCAGCCGCACCAAUCUGCAUCGAGCUUGGCAGACGGUCACGCUCCUUUUCCCUACAACGUUUGGGCGCCAUCCUGCCCAAAGCUCGAUCAGCUCGGAUCAUGUUUGUGUUGCUCUUAGCGCAACUGUCUUUGUGCUAAUCGAGAGCGGUCUUUGGCUUUGGAAGACUGCUGUUGCGAGUCCAAGCUGCUAUCUACCGCCUGAUGGUGCUGAUGACGAGAACAAGGGUGAGGAUCACGAUGGGCAUGUGUUGCAUGGGCGGUUUCCCACGUUGAUCAAGCUCGAUCGACUGGAUCGCAAAGUGAUCGAGACUCAGGCAUGCGUUGUGGUAGUGCUGUUGGUACUAUCGCCGUUGCUGGGUGGAAGCGCCACGUUUUCGCUGUACCUCGCAGUGCGGUGCAUGUGGGUGGAGCAGUACCAGCGAUAUCGAGCCGCUCAAGACGACACAUUUCUGCGUCGUACGCAGCAUCGCGGUCACGCUGUUGAGAAAGUCGUCGAGGAUACCGAGGAGGUACAGCUGCUUGAGAACGAAGAGGGAGAACGAUGUAUCGAGGUGCGAAGGAUGUACAUCAGCGAGCUGCGUCCACGUUCUAUCAGCUCUACGCGGCCAGACCUGCGACAUGGUACUUCUGGCGACGUCGUGCAAGGUCGAACACAGACAAUCACGAAUCGUCGGCGCUAG